AUGCAGGCGUCAAAUAAUCGUGAUAGCCCAACAAAGCAAGAGGGCUAUAGCGACAGACCUUUUGCAUCAUAUUUAGGCUCGGGGGCCACGGGGGGCUCUUCUUCCCACCAUGCCCCUGAUGGCUCAAUUGAUCGAUGGGAUAUGCGCCAAUUUACACUCGAACAAGGAAUUCGUUCAAACUAUGAUAAUGAAAAGCAGGAAGUGGAGGAGAAGCCCAGAGAUAAAGGGAAAGGGAAAGAAAUCGACUUAUCCGAUGAUAUGGAGGAUGCUGGUUUCGGUUCUGAUGAUUUCUCGAUAGGAUACCUGGCCGCAUCAGAUGAUGAAGAUAUUGAAACAGAAGAGAAUAAGUCUAGAGAGCAAGCGAUAUCGGAAUUUUUUAGUGGCGAAAUUUCUGUGUCGGCCGCUGAAGUCGAAAAUAGCGACUCUUCUACUCAACCUUCUACCCCCACCACCAGCGAUUCACAAGCAGCACUGGUGGACCAACAGCCCGAAGCAGCAUUGAACUUUAACAUUGACGAUGGGCAGCUGCAGAGACGACAACUUGUAAAUGCGGGGCAUGGUCACGAUCCAGCUAGGAUGCAAGAGCUUAUCAGGCAGUUUGAAGCCGGGCGCAUACAGCAACCGGCAGCCCAAGCUGAUCCCGCAGUGGCAAGAGGAAGGGGAGCUGGUUUGUGGGAUUGGAUAGUUGGUGAUCAACCAAAUCGAGCUCUUGAUAAUCUUCCUGGUAAUGCGCAAGAUUUGGACGAUAUGAAUUCAGAUGACGAUGAAGACCAAGAUGAAGACGAUGGGGAUAUAGACGAUAUACCCCUUCGUGAUGCCCCAGUUAUUCCACAGGAUGUACAGCAAGCCAUUGCCGAUGAAGAUGCGGCUGAUGAUUUUGAUGGUAUUAUGGAAUUGAUUGGGAUGCGGGGACCAAUGGCUGGGCUCGUGCAGAAUGCAGCAAUUAGCAGUGUAUUAAUUACAGCUACUGUGGCGCUCGGCGUGGCUUUCCCGUAUGUUACAGGAAAAAUCUGCAUGAUUAUCUUGGCACAUCCUAUAAUGUUCUUAUUCAUUAUUCCAGUCACCGUUGUCUCGUUUUCUGCAGAAUUCGUCGUGGACUCUGCCACAUGCCUCCUUUUCUCGUUUCUUCUGAUGUUGGACCAAUUUGGACGAUUCGCCAUGAGGUUCAUAGGGUAUGUCAUACCAGCAAUGUCAGAAAUGUCUCAAAGUACAGCGAUCACAAGGCAUUUCAGAGACUGGGCCAUGGACGGUAAGAACAGGGUUAUACACAAGCUUGCUAUACUCGAAUCGAAUUAUUCUACAAUCAGGAAAUUCCCAUCAUCUGGAGUCCCACCACUCUCUUGGGUAACGAGGCAGAGCUGGUCAAAAGUUUCUGUAGGUCUGGCAUGGGGCGCAGAAAAAAUGGGCCUGAGUCAAUCCAACGAAACAUACAGUGUGCCCUAUCUGCAAGACUUAGAAGUGCGGGCUGUUAAUAUUUCAUCACCGGCUGCUUUCAUCAAUUCCAAGUUUGAGAAGGUCAUUAAUCUUAUUCAGCGUAAUGCCACGGCACUACUCCACCCCAAAGUAUCCGUAUUCAACCAUGGUGAACCUUACCCUCUAUACGAAUGGUCUGUAUGGGAUCGAGUCGCAGCAGUGCUAUUAGGGUACGCCUUUUUCACUAUGCUUGGAGCGAUUUAUCUGCAGAACGCAAGGAAAAGGAACGGGGGGCCUAGGGGCGUAGAGAAACUUGCCGUUGAACUUUUACAACAGGCUGGUGGGGUCAUGAAGGUCGUUCUUAUCAUCGGAAUUGAAAUGUUUGUGUUCCCGCUAUACUGCGGGCUAUUACUUGAUGUGGCACUUUUACCAUUGUUUGAAGACGCAACCAUUUUAUCCAGGAUACAGUUUUUUGUAGAUUUUCCGUUGACUAGCAUUUUUGUGCACUGGUUCGUAGGAACUUGUUACAUGUUUCAUUUUGCCUUGUUUGUUUCGAUGUGCAGAAAGAUCAUGAGAACAGGUGUUCUUUACUUUAUUCGGGAUCCCGAUGACCCGAGCUUCCAUCCAGUGAAAGAUGUGCUCGAUCGACCAGUUAUGAUGCAACUGCGGAAAAUAGGGUUUAGCGCCCUUAUAUAUGGCGUCCUAGUCCUUGUUUGUCUUGGAGGAGUGGUUUGGAGUCUCUGGCUUGCCACAAAUGCGGUUCUUCCCAUUCACUGGUCUUCAAACGAGCCUGUAUUGGAAUUUCCGGUCGACCUCUUGUUUUACAACUUUUUCAUGCCCAUUGCAGUCAAAUUCUUCAAGCCCUCGGAUGGACUACAGAACAUGUAUGACUGGUGGUUUAAGAAAUGCGCUAGAAUGCUCAGGUUGACUAGCUUCAUGUUUGGGGAGAGAAAGCCGGACGAGGAGGGGCACCAAGUAAGGCGUACCUGGUCCGCCGUUUUUUUGAGGAAGUGUGGUGAUGUCGAUAAUCCGGUCAAGUCAGAAGCUAUGUUGAAGGAGGUCCAGGAAAGUGGAGUCGAGGCGUAUUUCCAGAGAGAUGGUGGGUUUGUUCGAGCACCAGCUUCAGACUCUGUUAGGAGGCCCAAAGGAUCUACAGUAUUUAUUCCGGUAUCAGAAGACAAUAUCCGUCUUGAUCAAAAACACGAUCCGGUCGACGGGCCAACUGGACCAAACUCACGGGAACUUCAACUUGUGUAUAUUCCGCCUUGGUUCAGGACUCGAAUCGGGCUUGUUGUUCUGGGCAUCUGGGUAUUUGCUGCAGUAACGGGAAUUGCAGUGACAAUUGGGCCCUUGUUGCUUGGAAGACUUUUCUUGAAACAUCUUGUGCCUAACCAUGUCAAGCUGAAUGAUAUCUACGCUUUCAGUGUAGGUGUGUACAUCCUAGGCGGUAUGGUCUAUGCUGGAACCAAAUGGAAACUUGCCCGCAAAUGGAUUCGCCGCGGAGUUCGGAACGCUAAAGAUAGCGAGCAUUUCCGUAAGGCAACACUAUCAUGGGCCAUCCGUGCGGCAAAGAUCUCAUAUGUUCUCACUGCCUUCGCUAUCGUCCUCCCUACCUUAUUUGCUCUUAUGAUUGAGUUUUAUGUCAUCAUUCCAAUCCACACAUAUUUUUCGAGUGGCGAGCAGCAUGUUAUACACUUCAUCCAAGAUUGGACCCUAGGUGUUCUCUAUGUUAAGAUGAUGGGUAGGAUGCUACUACUAGAUGCGGAAAGUCCUUGGGCUAGAGCACUCAGAGGUGUUGUGGCGAGGGGCUAUCUGGACCCCGAUGUGAAAUUGGCUACAAAGUGCUUUAUUGCCCCGGCUGGUGGGUUCAUGCUGGCGGCGUUGUUAUUACCAUUGGUUCUGGGCUUUGUAGCUGUCAACACUAUCUUACAAAACGCCUCUUCAACAACCAUCAGUCAAAUAUAUAGAUACAGCUAUCCUGUUGUAUUCGCAAUUUUCUUAAUUGUUGCUGGGGGUUAUGCUCUUAAGUUACUCGUAGAUUCGUGGAAACAGAGUAUUAGAGAUGAGGUGUACUUGACAGGCGAACGGUUACACAACCACGGAGAGGUCGGAACGGCAACACCCCCGGCAAUAACUGGCGUUUCUCCAAUAGCUGGUCCUGCAAUGGCUGGGGAUAUUGAUCUACCCUUCGCCGAGGUUGCUGGCAUUAACGCUAGAUUAGCGGAGGAGCUGGCAGCACGUAAUUUGCGUGGUUUGUAA